UCGCCUCUCAUUGGACCCCGAAAUCGUCGUCGUCUCCCACGCCGAAAAGCCCCAUCGCCGUCUCCCCCGCCGCUGCUUCCUCGGGCUCUGCCGCCGCCGCUGCAGCAGGCGCCUCCUCCAGCUUCGCCUCCACGCCGCAGCCGCCCCUCCAGUUUCGCCUCCACGCCGCAGCCGCCUCCUCCGGCGUCCCCUCCAGCCGCAUCUCGUCGAUUGGACCAAGCUCCGCGCGCCGCCGUCGAUCUCCAAGCUGUAGCCGGCGGCUGGCGAGCCCGGCGGGGACGGCGGCGUGGCGAGCGCGGAGUAGCUCGGGAGGGGAGCCGGGAUAGCGUUUGCCUCCGCCACCUCUGGGUUUGGAGGCGCACUGUAGCGACCGGGAGGGUAGGGGUUCGCUUACCGUCUUGCGGUGCGGGAGUUUAGCCGGUAUAUUUCCCGUCCAGGCCGGUUUGGCGAGCUGCGGUGCGGAUAGCCUACAGUCUCCUCUCUCCGUCGUUCCGCUUCUGCCCGAUUUGCCCAUCGUCGUCUCCCAAUCCUCGUCGAACGGCGAAGGGCGGUGGCAAGAAAUGCUGCAGUGCAUCUUCCUCCUCUCUGAUUCCGGGGAGGUGAUGGUGGAGAAGCAGAUGGCGGGGCACCGCGUGGACCGCGCCAUCUGCGGCUGGUUCUGGGACUACGUCCUCGCCCACGCCGCCGGCGACCCAUCCAAAAUCUUGCAGGUUGUGGUGUCACCAACACAUUACUUGUUUCAAAUAUAUCGCAAUGGUGUAACGUUCUUGGCAUGCACCCAAGUGGAGAUGCCCCCACUGAUGGCUAUUGAGUUUCUCUCUCGUGUGGCUGAUGUCUUUAUAGAUUAUCUUGGAGAUCUGAAUGAAGACAUAAUCAAGGACAACUUUGUAAUUGUAUAUCAGGUUUUAGAUGAGAUGAUGGACAAUGGUUUUCCACUUACGACUGAGCCAAACAUCUUGAAAGAGAUGAUUGCGCCACCUAAUAUUGUGAACAAAAUGUUGAAUGUUGUGACUGGUAAAAGUUCUAUUCUUGGCAGCAAACUUCCAGAUGCAGCUGCUUCUUUUGUACCUUGGCGAUCAACAGUAGUCAAGGAUGCAAGCAAUGAAGUCUACGUUAACAUAGUUGAGGAACUUGAUGCAUGUGUAAACAGAGAGGGGGUUCUUGUGAAAUGUGAAGCAUAUGGUGAAGUUCAAGUAAACUGCAGCCUCCCAGGUGUACCAGAAUUGACUAUGUCAUUUGCAAACCCUACAAUUAUCAAUGAUGUUACUUUUCACCCCUGUGUCCGAUUCAGGCCUUGGGAGUCAAAUCAGAUCCUAUCAUUUGUUCCCCCUGAUGGGCAGUUCAAGCUCAUGAGUUACAGGGUUAAGAAAUUGAAGAAGACACCCAUUUAUGUGAAACCACAGCUGACAUCAGAUUCUGGGAAUUGCCGUGUUAGUGUGAUGGUGGGGAUCCGAAAUGAUCCCGGGAAACCCAUUGAUUCUAUAACAGUGCAGUUUCAAUUGCCCCCUCUUAUAGUUUCUGCGGAUUUGACUGCAAACUAUGGCACAGUUGACAUCCUUGCUGACAAGACUUGUCUCUGGACAAUUGGGCAGAUACCAAAAGAUAGAGCACCAGUGCUCUCUGGAAAUUUACGUCUUGAAGAAGGACUUGCUCAGUUGCAUACACUGCCAACAUUUCAGGUGAAGUUUAAGAUUAUGGGAGUUGCUCUAUCUGGUCUUCAAAUUGAUAAGCUGGACGUGAAAAACACGCCUAGUGCUCCAUACAAAGGUUUUAGAGCCCAGACCCAAGCUGGAAAAUAUGAGGUCAGAUCAUAGGUGCUUUCAGAGGGCAUCUGUUAGUUUUGCCCUCAAAGCAAACGACACCGUGGGCCUGGUGCAUGGGCUGUCAACGCAUUAUUGGUUAUCAGUUGAUGAUCAAUACUUCCAUAGCCAGCUUGAUUGCGUCACUUUACCCUGUGCUGGGCCCAUCACUGCAUUUCAAGGAGACUGCCAUUCUUCCGAUCAAUAUGUCCUAUCCCUGAAUCAGAUUCUCCUCCCUGGUGGGAGAGCAACAAAAUAUUGCCACUCUGGCUUGUAUAGACAGAAAUGAAGCCAAAUGAAUGCCUACUGGCUGAGAUCAAGGUUUUGAAUUGUGGCACAUUGUCAUGUUCUCUUCAGUAUGCAAUUAUGUAUGGCAUCCCUGUUUUUGCCGAGGAAUGUCCAGAAGAAAUGCUGUGUUAUUUUUACUGUAAGUCUGCUUUUCUCCCAAAGCAACAAUCAGGGCAGUAUAUCUCAAUUGCAAGCAAUUGUUGUAAAGAAGGAUUUGGCUUGGGUGCAAUUUUCGUAAGCAAAUUAUAGCAAAUAAAGAUACAUCAGCUUGGUCUCUCAUGUA